CAAAUUCCCCGGUAGCACCAAUCUACGACUAUUUUGCGCGUCUUGACGUGAGCACGUGCAUCCAAAGUUCUUUGGCCAGUGACUAACCCAUAAAGUACCUGGAAAAAAAGAGCUUGUCUGCGGCGCGAACUACCAGCCCCUGCCUUUCGCGACAGACGUGAGCCUCAAGCGUCAUCUCCUAUCUACAAACCUCUCAACUUCAAACCCGCACCGCGAGAUCGGACAUUUAUCGCUAAUUUCCUAACAUCAAUUAAACUGCGCGAUUCUGGGAGACGAAGCGGUAAACACUUUAACGUCAUGAGCGACUUCGGUCAUUUCGGCUCCGAUGAGGAGUACGCAACUGUGCGCAAGCACAAUGCUGAGGUGGAGUCCGACCCCGAUAACUUCGAGCACUGGGAGAACCUCAUCAAAGCUUGUGAGACAUUGGAGGGUGGCUUGAAUCGCAACUCAAGCCCUCAAGCACUAGCGACCUUCCGCGAUGCCUACGACAGAUUCCUCAUUAAAUUCCCUCUGCUCUUUGGGUACUGGAAGAAAUAUGCCGACAUGGAGUUCAACAUCGCCGGCCCCGAGUCUGCUGAAAUGGUAUACGAGAGAGGGUGCGCAAGCAUCACCAAUUCUGUCGACUUGUGGACGGACUACUGCUCCUUCAAGAUGGAGACAACCCAUGACCCACACCUCGUCAGAGAGUAAGUUCCAUUUGGAUGGUUUCCUUCCCCUUCCCUUAACAUGCCUUCUGGCGCAGUAUUCCCGCUUGACCUUAGUGGUCUCGGUCGACAUAUCCGCGAGGGCUCUACACUCUGCUAUCAAAAGUGUCUGAUGGUGAGAUAUGCCUGCGAUAGCCCCUUUAGCCGGGACGCUUUCUCACGCUCCCUGCCAGGCUCUGUUGAUGCUCAAUCCGUGCUCGUUCCAAACUCCAAAGUCGUCCUUGCGUUCGUUACACGUCACCCGCACUCGCUCGGUAGAACAUGAUAUCGGUUUUGCUACCCACUCGCACAACCAUCUUCCCCUCUGUAUUAAUCCUCUCCACCCUUUCCCCUGAGUUAUCCCUUCUGCAAUGAGCCCACUUGCUAACCUUUUUCUCUAGACUCUUCGAGCGAGGAUCAGCCUUUGUGGGACUCGAUUUUCUUGCCCAUCCUUUCUGGGACAAGUACAUUGAGUAUGAAGAGCGUCAGGAAGCACAAGACAAAAUUUACGCCAUCCAUGCACGAAUCAUUCGCAUACCAAUGCACCAGUAUGCCCGUUACUACGAGAGGUUUCGAUCGCUAUCGCACAAUCAACCCAUGACAGAGGUGGUGUCUGCCGAGACUGUCUCACGUUUCAGGGCGGAGGUCGAGGCUGAAACAAUUGCUUAUGGCGGUGGUCCUAAGGCUGAGCUGGAGAUUGAGCGCGAUGUUCGUGCAAAGAUUGAUGCCAUGUACUACGAAAUUUUCACCACGACGCAAACUGAGGUAUCAAAGCGCUGGACCUACGAAUCGGAGAUCAAGAGACCCUACUUUCACGUUACGGCUUUGGAACACAAGGACUUGGCAAACUGGCGCAAAUACCUGGAUUUCGAGGAAGCUGAAGGUGAUUUCACACGAAUCGUGGCGUUGUAUGAGCGAUGUCUUGUCACAUGUGCCUAUUACGAUGACCUCUGGUUUCGAUAUGCCCGGUGGAUGAGUGGUCAGGAAGGCAAACAAGAGGAAGUUCGCAACAUCUAUGCACGUGCUUCGACGAUGUUUGUGCCUGUUAGUCGACCAGGCAUCAGACUGCAAUGGGCGUACUUCGAAGAAAGUGCUGGUCGAGUUGACGUUGCUCUUGACAUUCAUGAGGCAAUCCUUCUGAGGCUACCAGAUUGUGUCGAGGUCAUUGUGUCAUGGGCUAAUGUCCAGCGACGGCAGAAUGGCCUUGACGCUGCUAUCCAGGUGUUUAAGGAUCAGAUCGAUUCUGCUACGGUAAACGUGUAUACCAAGGCUGCCUUGGUUGCAGAAUGGGCUCUUUUGCUCUUGAAAGCCAAGGGUGCGGUGGAAGAGGCUCGCGGGGUUUUUGUGAAGAACGUGCAGUGGUGUGCGGACAGCAGGUUAUUCUGGGAUCGAUGGUUCAACUUUGAGUUGGAUCAGCCAACGAGCCCUGAGAAUGAGGCUCAACAUAGCGAGCGCAUGAAGAAAGUAUUCGACGAGCUUCGAGAACGAAGCCGACUCUCCCCGUCGGUCAAGAAGGACUUGACCCAAGUAUAUCUAACGUACUUGAUCGAGAGAGGUAACAAGGAUGCCAUGAAGGUAUUCUUGCAAAUCGACAGAGAAAUCUUUGGGCCAUCGUCGGUAGCCAAACUUUCUACUGGCAGCGGCAAGGAGAAUGGGGCUGCAAAGGGAGAGCUGGACGAGGCCAGCAACCAGAGGGCCGAGGCCCAGUACUCUCACUUCUACGAGACUCAUGGUGAACCAGACGCGGAUGCGCAGGGCAACGCAGACUUCAACUGAGGGCGAAAAAUAUGAUGGACAGAACUGGACGUGAAAGGUGUUCGAGGCGCUGGUAUCCAGGAGGACUUAAUCAAGUGUGGGGCACUCGAGUUGUACUAUAAACGAAACAGCGCCCCUGCAUAUACAAUAGCAGAUGUGGCUUGGAAUAACCUGGGGGAUAAGGCAUGGCUAUUCAGCAUAUUGCUGAGUCUUGAAGGUUGAAAGUUGCCUUAAUUUGACGGGCAGAGAAUUCUUCUUGACGACAUAUCACAAGUUGUAGACGAGAUCUAUAUACAUAUCCUUGAGCAUGAAGCGGUUGAUAAGUGGAACAUUGAACUGGUGUCUGACCCAGAUCUUGCGGGGUAACGAACACUUGCAUUAACUAGCUUCUUAUUAAAAGCGGCCAUGGCAACACUCGCCAA